GCGAUCGCUCCAAAAUGACAUGUGCACAUCCUGCACAAGUCCAGUCGCUCAUUUUCUUUCACGACGGCAACCCCAGGUUCCUAAACGAGCAACUCAAAUUUGACCCAUUCCUCAGACUGCUCCCAACGCACUCGCUGCCCUGCCUCCAAGGGGCGCCGUCAACUCUUGUCCCGCGCAGCUGGAUGACGUGUGUGGCGAGCGAGGAUUGCCCAACUUCGUGCCCCUCGUUUACCUCGCUCACCUCGUUCACCAUGUCGUCGCCAAAGGCCCAGGCAACUCCCAGCAGGAGGAUUUCAACCACCAAGCUCAGAGACUCGGACGGCGAGCUGCUGCAGUCUCUCCACCAGCUCUCCCUCUCAACGUCGCCACUGGCGCAUUCGCCCGUCCCCGCGCGCUCGCCUCGCUCUCCGAACCCAACGUCGGCGUCAGGGGGCGCCAGCUCCCCUUACAGGCCAGCAGUCGACCGAUCACCCUCUGCUCUCAGCGUCAGGGCCGCCUCUCGAGGCCCCUAUAACGGCCCUUCCUCAAAUGGCCGCGAGUCCCGGUCCGGCUCGGCCACCCCAACGCUGCUGCGCAAGGCUUCCAUGAACUCGCUGCACUCGGCAAACGGCGUCACCCCGCUGCGCCGCACCAGCUCCGCCAACAUGUCCCCGACCGCGUCGCGCGCCGCGAGCUCGCCCGAUCCCCCGCGCCCGCCUCCUCCCUCUGCCAACUCCAUAGCGAGGGCCUACUUCACCAGGGAGCUGGACCUCCUCCACGCCGAGGACUCGGGCCGCGCCGCCGAGACCCUGGUCGUGCUCCACGAUGCGUGCUACGGCCACCGCUUCUCCCGCCCGCGCUCGUCGCGCGCCACCCUCAGCACCAUCGUCGAACGGCCCGAGAGGAUAAAGGCCUGCGUGCUGGGGAUCUCUGCGGCGUACGUGCUGCUGGGCGAGAGGCACGCCGAGGGCGAGCACGUGUUGCAUCCGAGUCUGAACCCGGCGGCCAUACAGUCGGUACCGUUUCGGAUACAUAGAUCGAAGCGACGGGUGUCUCUGUCUUCGCCUGCCGUCACAAACGUCCAUGGCACCAAAUGGAUGGAGGAGCUCAAGAUCAUGUGCGACUCGGCUGAGGCGAAGCUUGCGACUGGGGGCAAGGAGCUUCAGCGCCCGGACAUGAACCGCGGUCCGGACCACGAGCAGCCUAAGAAGCUGCAUGAGGGCGAUCUGUACCUGUGCUCGGAGUCGCUGGAGGCACUGGAGGGCUCGUUGGGUGCUGUAUGCGACGCUGUUGACGCCGUCUUUGCCGAGUCGGGGCCCAAGCGAGCGUUUGUCGCUGUUCGGCCACCGGGCCAUCACUGUUCCGCAUCAUACCCGUCGGGCUUUUGCUGGGUCAACAAUGUGCAUGUUGGAAUCAUGCAUGGUAUUCUCGGCCACGGCCUCACCCAUGCUGCCAUUAUCGACUUUGACCUUCACCACGGCGAUGGAAGCCAGCAAAUUGCCUGGCAGCAUAACUCUAGGGGCGUGGGCUUGGCAAAGAAUGCGGCAUAUUGGAAGAAGGCAUCCAUCGGCUACUUCUCGCUCCAUGAUAUCAACUCGUACCCUUGCGAGAUGGGCGACGAGGAAAAGGUCAAGAAUGCAAGCCUUUGCAUAGACAAUGCGCACGGCCAGCACGUCUGGAAUGUGCAUUUGGAGCCUUGGAAGACAGAGGCUGAGUUCUGGGCGUUGUACGAGGACAAAUACGCCGUCUUGUUGGAGAAGGCCAGAAAGUAUCUGAAAGCGCACACUGAACGGCUUCGCAUGGCGAAUCAGACGUCGAAGGCGGCGAUUUUCCUGUCGGCAGGCUUCGAUGCGAGUGAGUGGGAGGGAGCUGGCAUGCAGCGUCACGUCGUGAAUGUGCCGACUGGCUUCUAUGCCCGAAUUGCUCGGGACGUCACGAAGAUUGCCGACGAGUUGGGCACAAGUGUCGACGGAAGGGUCAUCAGCGUUCUCGAGGGUGGCUACAGCGAUCGCGCUUUGACUUCUGGGGUUUUGAGCCACGUCAGCGGUCUCGCUGGCAGUGAUCCGACUCCGAAAGGCGAACCAAACGGGCUUGAUGGCACGACGCCUCAGAGAACGGGCAUCUCACACGACAGGAGGAACUCGCUCGAGUUGAAGACGCGACCCCAUGCCUACGACCCCUCUUGGUGGAGUCCCGAAGACCUAGAUCUGCUGGAGACAGGCGUCAUGGCAUCACCGCCGCAGGUCAAAGCUGCUCGGAAUGGACCACUUCCGACAUACUGCACACCAACCCAGUCCUCGACCGCGAAGAUGGUUGAAAGCGCACGAUUGCGCCGACAAGCAUCCAUGAAUGGUAUUGCACCUCCGAGACCGCCCACGCCACCACCCCCAGAGGUGCCGUGGUACGUUGCAGCUCACGGGCUGUGUGCAGUGCUGACGCCCACGGAUCGGACGACAACAAGUUGCGGGCCUGAAGACCUCUCUGCUGAGGCAACGCGCAUCCGGCGUGACCGCCAAAUGGCCAUCGAUGGCACCCUCCCGCCCGAGGGUGGGAGAACCACCCCGGCGCCGCCGCCCGCUGCAGCACCAUCAAGGAUGAGUUUACGUGAGAGGAAACCUACGAGUUACUUCGAGGGAGAUGAUGAUCCCGUGAAGAACAGGCGGAAGACCGUGGCUGGUGCCUCAGUCACAGCUUCUGAAAAGGGUGCUUCACGCAGCAAUACACCACAGCCUGGUGACCGGGCCCCAACGAGACAAGGGCGACGCGUUAGUGCUGCGUCAACAAUCCUUGAGUCAUUUGACGGCACGCAGGGCCAAGUCACCCCGCUGGACGAACGACCGGCGACGUCAAUGACUGAGAGGCCAGACACUUCCAUGAGCGUGAGGACGGCUGCCGGCGGCCCGCUUGCCGUAAAGAAGACCAGGACGACCAAAGCAAAGAAGGAAGCUCCCAAAGCACCCCGGCCAAAGAGCGCAGCUCCUGCUACGAAAGCUGCGUCGAAAUCCAAGUCGCCCAGUCUUACCGAGCAAGCUCAGAACACCCAGUCACCCCCGCCUAAGUCAGGCGAUGAGCUUGACAAGAUCACAUCCGGCUUCAAAAAGAUCACGCUGGUCACAAAACAGCAAAGGGAGGCGCGCGCAAAGAAGGAAGCGACAGCCUCGCCACCAAAGCCUGCGCCCACGGAUGCCACGAAGCAGACACCUCUACCGCCAUCUAGCCCUGACCCUAUUGCGGUUUAUCAACAGCCAAGCCCCCCAGCCGAGAUUGCCUCGCAGAACAGUCUCCCACAAGAGAUCCCCCUCCCCAGAAGUGGCCAGGAGACGCCCACGGGGCCUGCCCCUCCGCCACAAGCUGCCACUCCAGAUGUCUUCGUCCAGUACCAGCCAGACGGACCAGCCCCAGAAAUCGCCGCUCCGCAGGAGCCCCUUACCUGGCUGCCUCCAAACACGGCGACGCCCAGCGCGGCCAAGCAGCCCGCGCCAGUAGUGAUGGACACGACGCCCACGCCUUUGAAACAGGUCGAUCCGGCCUCGCUGCGGUCACCGAGCCCAAUGAAGCGGGCUGAUCUGCCAAUCUUCACGCCUACCUCCCAGAUCCCCUUUGCGCCGCGGACGCCGACCGACUCGUCGCCAACGAUGGUCAAGUCCGAAAGGCAGUUUGAAAAUUCCCUCUGGGAGGUGCCCGAGACACCGGAGUGAGCCACCUUCCGGGUAGCUUCGUGGUUGGACCGGUAUCUCGUUCGAAAGAGUUGAUUCUUCCCAUGUUCGAACCUAAUGUUUGUCUCUGUAGACUUGUUUCAACAUGAUCGGAGGGGCUUUUCUCAGCAUGUGGACAGCCUUUAUUUGCCUCCGGCGUCUAUUUCACAGGUCACUUGACUUUGCUUCUCAUAGAGCUUGUUGGUGGUUUUGAGGAGGUCUACAUUGGUCUUGUACCUCAUAAUUCUGUAAUUAUCG